AUGCCCAGGGCGCAGCAUCGAGGGUAUUCACCAACCCGGAUGCCCCCGAGACCGCUUUCAAGAGAAUCAUCAACACAGCCGUCAUCCGUCCUCGAGGACGACGACUCAAUCAUGUCCACAUCACGCCCCCCAAGCCUGGCGCUCAUGCCUCCGUCUUCGGCAUGUUCGAACCCGGCGUCGCCCCCAUCGCUGAGGGACAUACUCACCAAUAUCGCACCGCCGCCCUACACGCUCGGUGCCUUCACAGCCUUUCUAUCACAAAAUCACUGCAUGGAGACGCUCGAGUUCACCAUGGAUGCCGAUCGUUACAGCACGGCGUACUCUAACUUUCUGAUGGAGCAGGCAUCCGGCUUCGCAGAUGGCAAGGACCAUGUGUGCUCGCUCUGGCAGAAGAUCAUCAACGCUUACAUAUUACCCUACGGCCACCGGGAAGUCAACCUUCCGUCCCAUGUCCGGGACCGUUUACUUUCGUUACGUUGCACGCCAAUCCCUCCCGACCCGUCGGAGCUGGACGAAGCCGUGAGGAUCGUGUAUGAGCUCAUGAACGACUCGGUGCUAGGCCCGUUCAUCGCCUCGGUGACACCGCAGCAAGACUGGUCUGGGGAGCACGACCCGAGGCACGUGCGGUCGCGCCUCCGCAUUCCCAAGGAUUUGUCGUCGAGCCCGGAGGAUUCGAGCCGAUCGCCAAAGAUAAGCUUCUUGCCCAUGCUCAACAUGCCAUGGACCAGCGAGCCCAAGAGUUCCGCCUCGUCGUCCAGCGAGUACGCCGAGCGUGCGCUCACAGACGGCAGCGCAAACACGCCCUCCCCGGUUUCGGACGAGCCCAUGACACCGCCUACCACACCGCCAGUCUCAGACUGGGAGUUCAACACCUCUCCUGGGGCUCUUCACAAGGCCACCAACUCGCAUAGCAGUGGCUGGAAGAAGGGAUUACAGGUCACGCCGAUCCCUGACGACUCCGUCACAGCCUCCCCCGAAUGUGCCCGGCCGGCGGCGCCCGAGACGCGCGCCGACAGCGACGAAGCACUGACCGAAAAGCAAUCGCUCCGCACGUCGGGCGAUUGGGAGGAACCGCACCCGGGGCAGCGCUACCCGAUCACCGUCGUGGGGAGCGCGCGCCCGGGUGCUGCCAACACCAACGGAGUCGGCAAGGCCGGCGUGGCCGCAAAAGCCUAUUCACCAUAUCCCACCCGCGGGUGGGCAACAAAAGACCGGCGGUUCGCGCCCACGAGAAUGCGAACCCCGGCACUGCGCCCUCUUAAGAUCCCUCAGGACAACGCGAGACUGUCCACCCACACGACGAACAGCAUCAGCACGCCUACGAGCAUGUCGCACAUGCUCCCCCGUCCAGCCGCGACUCAAAAGGCACCGGCCUCCGGCCCGCUAUGCUGCCCAUUGCUGAAGAUCAACAGCAACACCGCCACCCCCAGACCGACAACCCCUAUCUCGCCGUCGCCAAGCUACGACCACGAGUCCAUCCGCCUUUCCAUGACGGAUUUCUCGGGCUUCCUCGAGCCCAGCCUCACCAACGUCACCACCUCGAGCACCGAUGCUUCCUCGCACAUGUCGCUCGACCCCACGCCGACGACAGCGACGAUGAUGGAGAAACAGAUGCAGCCCGAGGACAUGGGCGGCAGACUGGACCCCGACCCGGACCCGUACGGCUGGGACGCGGAGCUCGACAAGCGCAUCGUCGUGCCGCCUACCGGUCCUGUGGGCUUGGGCCUGGGCGCCAUGGCCGUCGACGAGGAUGGUGGUGGUACCGAGGAGUACUGUCCCGUGAUCCAGUACCGCCGCGCAGGCGGUGCGAGGAGGACGCUGCUGCAGCGGGUGUUGAGUUUUGGGCCUGGCAGCCUGAAUGGUAAUCAAUAAUGACCACUUGUCUUCUUGCGUUUUCUAUUCUGUUUUUCUAUGUGUCUUUUUGAUUCAUGGCUGGCG